UGCACAACUAACAUCUCCAUACAUAUAUUCACUGUAAAGAAAUUUGUCUUCCAACAUUCCAAAUGAAAGCAUUCAGGUUUGAUAGUCUGCCUUCAAAUGGAAUCUAUUCCAAGAGAGGCCUCAAAAGGCUUAAACUACGUGAGCUGGGUGGGUGUUUUCGCAGCCCGAAUUUAUGUGGAAAUUAGUCUUGGAGAUUCUUCUCAAACUUUACGGGGCCAAGAGCUUCCUCGGCUCAAGCUUGCAUCAUCAUGGGUAACACUUGGAGAACAUUCUUUGAGUUCCUGCCAAGGCACAAAACAUGCUACUUUAUUCUUUGCUCGAUUCUCUCAUAUUUGGUUCAUUCUUAUCAUCCUUUCUACAUUCAAUAUCACCAUUUUCUUAUGUGAAUAGACAAUGGCUGCUGCUGUCAAUUUCCCUGGUCAGCUCCCACAGCAAACCAUCUCCCUCAAAGGAGUGGCUGGACUCACUCUCGCCUCCUCUCCCUCUAAAAGGUCGUGUCAAUUAAUGCUGAGCAACGUGAAGAUGGAACAAGUAGCAUGUUUAAGAAAACAGGUAACUAACAAAUCGUUCAACAAACGAUGGGUCAACUUGGUUGUGUCAGCGGCUGCUGAUUUCGACUUGAAAUUGGGUUCUUCUCCGUCCAAUAUGAUCAAGCAAUUCUAUACAUGCAUCAAUGACAAGAAGCUGAAGGAACUAGAUGGCUAUAUCUCGGAAGAUUGUCACUUCGAAGACUGCUCCUUCCUUCAACCAAUGCAAGGGAAAAGGGAGGUUAUGCAUUUCUUUCGACAACUUACAGCAGGCAUGGGCCAGAAUAUGAAGUUCAUCAUUGAACAUGUAUGUGAAGAUGAUGAAAUGACAGCAGGGGUGAAUUGGCACUUAGAAUGGAAAACGAUCCAGAUACCCUUCACCAGAGGAUGCAGCUUCUAUGAAUGUUCUCACAAAAACGACAGACUUAUUAUCAAGAAAGCUCUGGUUGUGAUAGAAUCACCCAUCAAACCAGGAGGCAUUGUUCUGACUCUGUUAACGAACGUGACUGCAAUAUUUGAUGAUUUCCCAAGAGCUGCAGAAUGUAGGGUUGCUAAAGAGUCCUCAUGUCAUAAUGCAGUUCUGUUCAAAAAUUUACAGCAGGCUUUUGGCCCCUUUUGUCAACCCACUUCUUGCAAGCUACAUCAGAACCUGGAAACUCAUUGCAGGAUUAUUUGCUUUUGCACUAAACAUAGUAUUCCAUUUUCUAAAUAAGUAUUUUGGAUAGGAUGCACUCACAAAAGUUUUUAUAUGCAUAAACACCAACAGUAGAGAUUGCAGCUUUACAUCAACAGUCAAUCAUCAUCGCCAGCAUGGCUCGACCACAUUUCAAACAACGAGAGAGCAA